AGUAUGAUACAGUACAGUCCCCAAUAAAGGCUGUGAUCCUUCUAGUGGGGCUAAUUAACCAACAUGAGCAAAAUAACACCCUUGGAGUAGCAGAGUUCCACUUAACAAGUUCCCGUAUUGAUCAGUUUUCAAAUGUCCUUUUAUGAGAAGUCAACAAGAACAUCUGUCCUGGUGUACAGAAGCCAAAAGUAUGACACUAGUACUUUUUAAAUGACACUGGCUUGUUUAAGUCUGUUACAAUAACUAAAAGCCUGCCAUAGAAAGAAGUGGGUGAUCUAUUAAACAAAAAAAAAGAACAAACUUCCAAACCUAGCAAAUUGCUGUUGUGAGUUGAUGGGGUGUGAUGUCAUGCGUCUCCUCCCCUCUCUUGGUAUAGCUUCAUGUUGGUUCUGCUCUCUUUAUCACUCAACAAUCUUUCUCAGUGAACACAAGUGCUUAAGAAAGUUGCUGCCUUCAAAGCAUCAGUCAUCCAACGCAAGAACAUGCUGCCAAGGCUGCUCCUUCUCUUCAUCGCUGGGAUUAUUCUAGUGGGUUAUGGGACUUCACAGAGACUUCCAAGAGUCAAAAGACAAAAUCUGAAGGUCCGCAUCAAUGCCACCGGCGACACUAUUGUCCUCAAGUUUGUUCGCCCACGUCCUGACAUGAAACUUGAAGGCUUUAUCCUUGGAUAUGGAAGCAGCAUGUUUUCUAAGCAGUACAUUCAACUGCCCGAGAAUGGAAAACCCUAUGAAACUGAAUUUGAUGCCGAACCCAAGUACUUAAUAGCUGUGCAGCCAAUUCCAGCCAAUGAUGUGAAAAAGCAGUGCACAGGUCAAGUCAAUCUUCAAAAGCCACUCCAUUUAGUCAUUGGAAGUGUGACCCCAAGCUCAGUCUUGCUGUCCUGGGGCACAUUCCUGAAAACCCCCUUCGAGGGAAACAUAAUGAACGACUGUCUGGAAGACGGACACUACACAGUGCGCUACAGAGAAAAGGAAAGAAACAAGAAAUGGAACUACGAGAACUGCCCAAUCAGUGACACCGUUAUUGAUAGGCUGAAGCCCAAUACCCAGUAUGAAUUUGGAGUGAGAGCUUCCAAGGGCAAGGAAGAUGGACUGUGGAGCAAACCUAUUGUUCACCAGACAAAUGCCGAAUCUCCAGACAAAAUAAAAGGACAGAUUGAAAACCCUGAGAACAAGAUAAUUAUGGAUCAACUCAGGAAACCUCAGUUGCCAGACAUUACAGGGCUGAACAACAGAAAGACAAUUCAUCGAACUGGGAAUUCCCCUCAGCUUGUGCCAAGUGAAAAGAAACAGGACACGUUCCAGCCUCAGACGUCGAGUGAACCUGAAUGGCCACAGGUUGCACUUGGCAAAGCAAAUCAUUUUCAAUACACCACACCCUCGUCAGCAGAUGCGACUUACUCCCUACCCCAUCAACGGCCAGCUGAAACUCUGACUCCCUCAGUCAACCCAAUUGCUUUCCCUUCUGUUCACGGUGAAAGAAAUCGGGAACCCAAACCAACUAAUGCACCUCAAAGACCAAAGAUUUAUUUGGCUAACAGUGAUGCACACCAAGGACACGUUCUAUCCAGACCAUCUAAUGCAACCCAGAGACCAAAGACUUACAGGGCUAAUGGGGAUGGACAUAUUCUACCAAAUGGUGGAGAACGUAUUUUACCCAAUGGUGAAGAACAUAUUCUACCCAAUGGUGAGAGACAUAUUCUACCCAAUAGUGAAGGACGUAUUCUACCCAAUGGUGAAGGACGUAUUCUACACAAUGGUGAAAGACGUGUUCUACCCAAUGGUGAAAGACGUGUUCUACCCAAUGGUGAAGGACGUAUUCUACCUAAACCCUUUAAUGCAACCCAAAGACAUACACAUUACUGGGCUAAUGGUGUCGGACGUAUUCCACCCUUUAAUCCCAACCAAAGACCAAAGAUUUACUGGGCAAAUGGAGAAGGCCGUAUUCUACCCAAAUCCUCUAAUACGACCCAAAGAGCAAAGAUUUACUGGGGUAAAGCAUACCCCUUUAAAAACACCACAUCCUCAUCAGCUGCAGGGGUGCCACACACUUCUCCCAGAGCACUGCCAACCAGAAACAUGCCUUCUUCAGCUUUCCCUUCAGCUAAUGGCGAAACACUUCAGGGGCAAGCUCAGUCCAGGCCAACUAACACUUCUCAAAGAACAAAGAGUAUCUGGGCGUCUCCUCUGCAACGUUCCCCCCCUGACUCCAGCAGAAGGAGGCAGAACACAGUGGUUGGCAAACCUGGAAACAGAGUCAAGAUAACAGAUGACCGCCAAUUACCAGACAAGUCAUCUGUUCUCAGGAAGGUUUUGUCUUCAGUAACUGAAAAACCAGCGAAACAAGAAAGGAAACUGACGACAGCAGCGGAUAUAAGAAUAAAUGCAACAAGGAUGGAACCUGCAGAUAAUUCUUCAGUCUUCAACACAGCUCCUCUGUUGGAAAUUGACUCCAUGGGAAAGGAACGUUUCAUUGCUCCUCAUGUGAAGUACAUGAUGAAGGAGCCAGAUGACCCUUGUUCCAUCACAGAGUCUCUCAGACACUUCCCUGAAGAGGAGGAAGCCUCGAAUCAGGACAUCACGGGCCCGCCUAAGCACCCUCCCUCCAACUUGACCGUGGUGACUGUGGAGGGCUGCUCUUCCUUCAUCAUCCUGGACUGGCAGAAAGUGGAUAAUGAUUCUGCAACAGAAUAUGAAGUAAUCUCCAAGUCAACAGGACCUGCAGGAAAUGAGGAAUCCGUAAUGGUUACAAACCAGACCCACACAGCAGUGGAAAACCUGAAAGCAGACUCCAGUUAUGAGUUUACAGUACAACCCAAAAAUGUACUUGGAGUGGGUCCAUCCAGUGAACCAGUACCGUUUAGCACAGAAUCAGCGGACCCCCGGGUUAGUGAAUACAUUUCAGGGAAAGAUGCCAUUUGGACAGAGUACCCAUUCCGGUCGGACACUUACUCUGAAUGCAAUGGGAAGCAGUUUGUUAAGAGAACGUGGUAUCGCAAGUUUGUUGGUGUGCAGCUCUGUAACUCAUUAAGAUAUAAGAUUUAUCUCAGUGACACUCUUACAGGAACAUUCUACAAUAUAGGGGACCAGACAGGUCACGGAGAAGACCACUGUCAGUUUGUGGAUUCAUUUUUAGACGGACGAACUGGACAGCAGUUCCCGAAUGACCAGCUGCCACAAAGAGAAGGUGCCUAUAGAGCUAUUAGGCAAGAACCAGUCACUUUUGGUGAAAUAGGCGGCAAAGCACAGAUUAACUACGUCCAGUGGUACGAAUGUGGAACGACAAUACCAGGAAAGUGGUAGAACCAACGGAGGGGCAACUGAAAAAGGAUGUGGGGCAGAAGAAAGGGGAGGCAUGAGAAAAGAUGUCAUGUAUUUUUACAGCAUUCCUGACAUGUAGACCUUAUUAUGUAUAAAAUAUGUACAGGACCUCUCCAUAAAGAAUUUUAUUGAGCAUAAUUGUGAUAUGUAAUAGUUUAAGUUUGCUAACUGUAUUUAUCAAAUGUGUCAGAGAGACUCAAAAAAAAAAAAAAUAAAAUUCACAGAAAUAGAAACAAAUAUUGGGAAGCUGGCUACCUAAACCUAUUUUGAUUACAAUUUGUAUAUUAUUAUUUAUCAGAUAAUGUUGUAUUAAAUGUUACUUCUGGUGGUUUAUCAGAUUUUAAGGGAAUGGUUUAAGUUCCAAUGCUUUAGAGUAGGGGUCUCCAAUCCUGGUCCUGGAGGGCCGCUGUCAAACCUGAUUUUUGUUCCAACUGUACCCUAAAUUACUUAAUUGGACCAAUUAAGUGCUUAUUAGGAGCUUAAUUGGUCCCCCCAGGACCAGGCUUUGACACCCCUGCUCUAGACUACAGCAGAGUGAGUGCAUGUCAACUGGAUUCAGCUAUAAGCCCAUUUUAAAGUGUAUUUUAACCCAGUAGUGGUAUUGGAUUUCUAUGAAUACAGUGCCUUGAAAAAGUAUUUGCCCCCAAAAUCUAAUAUUAUAUAAAAGGAACCCUGAGUGAACAAAUAACA